CUGAAACUUCUCCCCGACCGCAAGUUCACCCAAUUAGUCAGAUUCUGAACUUUUGGACUUCGAUCUUGAUUAAAGUAACCCAAGCUUCUGAAUUUUUCCAUUACUUAAAUCCGACUCCUGGUCUCUUCGGGCUCAAACGAAAUGUUGGCCUUUCUAAGGAAACACAUUUCGUCAAGUCUACCAAGUUCAGAGACGCUCUACCGAUCUGGUCUUGUUCGGCUUUUCUCGUUUCAAGAAAAUCUGUCCAAGCGUGCAUCGCCCACGGAGGCCGAACUGCUGGGCAUGUCAACCCGAAUGCGUUAUUAUUAUCGCAAAAUGGACGAUCCUGUCUGGCGCCGAGCUCGCUGCGACCGACAGUUGAAGUAUUGGCAUGACCGUCGCACAGAUCCUGAAUUUAUCCAAAAAGAACAGAGGUCAAGACAAAAAUACUUUGACAAACGACCCUACAAGGGGGGACCGCUUCAGCUGCCGACAACGAUUAGGACUUGGUUGAAUAUGCUCACCGAUGAGCAAAGAACGGGCCUUGCUUGGAAGACACACAUUCCAGUCUUUACUUCGGAAGCUCAGGUCAGGACCUGUAGUACGUGUGAGAAUACCCCCGCGAGAGGAUCGAAGCUAUGGUGGAAGCAAAUCAACAAUCAAAGCGAUCACAGAGAUGAGAGCCCGGAGCUUUUUGAGUGCCAUAGCUGCUAUGUAGCCAAAGGCAUGCCGGACAUCAUGCCGAAGGGCCAUGAAAGUCACGUCUGGGGUGAGCAUCGAUCGAGACCAAAACCGUAGACUCAAACACUCUGAUACGAUAAACACAACAAGAGGCGGAAGGCAAUGAGUGGUUGGAAAAUGGCAAAUGACGUGGCGUCAGUCAUCUCUCGGACAUGAUUCGAGUGCAGCAGUAAAGCCUCAGCAUGAACAGUGGCUGGUCCUUGAGGAGGCACUGAAUGUCAACGCCGCUUUGGCUGGAAUGAGCAGGGUCAUCACCCCCGCCAGAACGCGUCGUCAGUCACGAUCGCGCACAGAAGCCAGACUUCGACGCGACAUUUUUGUCAAUUCAAUCUUCCUCAACCCAUCUCAAUUCCAAUCAGAACUUGGCAUCCACUACUUUGGAAAAAGAACGGAAUUCGAGAUUCAGUAGCGUCGUCGCAAGCUCUUCAUCUGGAGUGGAUCUAUCGCCA